AUGGAUUCUGCUACUGAAUCAGAACAUAUAGAAAAGUUAGCAAAAGAAGCUGAAAGUUUAAAAAUACGUUUAGAAGAUGAAAGACAGAAAUUAAAUGAUAUUACACUUGCUAGUGUAGCAGAUAGACUUGAAGUAAUUUGUUGUAUUAAUGUCAAACCACGUCGUAUUUUAAAAGGACAUCAAGCAAAAGUUCUUUGUUCAGAUUGGUCACCUGAUAAGCGUCAUAUUGUGUCUUCUUCACAGGAUGGUAAAAUAAUAAUUUGGGAUGCUUUUACAACAAAUAAGGAACAUGCUCUUACUAUGCCAACUAUCUGGGUUAUGGCUUGUGCUUAUGCUCCAAGUGGUGCUCUUGUUGCUUGCGGAGGAUUAGAUAAUAAAGUUACUGUAUAUCCUUUAAGUCAAGAAGAAGAUGUAUCAACUCGUAAAAAAACUGUUGCUACACACACAUCUUAUAUGUCUUGUUGUGUAUUUCCUAAUAAUGAUCAACAAAUUCUAACUGGUAGUGGAGACAGUACUUGUGCUCUAUGGAAUGUUGAAAGUGGCCAAUUAUUACAAAGUUUUCUUGGCCAUUCCAGUGAUGUUAUGUCCAUUGAUUUAGCACCAAGUGAAACUGGUAACACUUUUGCUUCUGGUAGUUGUGAUAAAAUGGUUUUAAUAUGGGAUAUGCGCACUGGUCAAUGUGUUCAAAGUUUUGAAGGACAUCAGUCUGAUGUGAACUCUGUAAAAUUUCAUCCAGGUGGUGAUGCAGUGGCAACAGGUUCUGAUGAUGCAACUUGUCGGCUUUUUGAUCUGCGUGCGGAUAGAGAAAUAGCUGUCUAUGCAAAAGAAAGUAUAAUAUUUGGGGCGAAUGCCGUUGAUUUAAGCGUUAGUGGACGUCUACUUUUUGCUGGUUAUAAUGAUUACACUGUAAAUAUAUGGGAUACUCUAAAAUGUCAACGAGUUGCAUUUUUAUAUGGACAUGAAAAUCGAGUAUCUUGUUUACGAGUUUCUCCCGAUGGAACUGCUCUUUCUACCGGAAGUUGGGAUUCAACUCUACGAGUUUGGGCUUAA